CAUGCAAAGAGAGAAGGACCCGUAAACAUCGUUUUCCCUGGAAGCCCUGGCUGCUGCUUCUGUGGCUUUUUCUCCUUCUCUCACUUCUCAUUCUGCCUGCCUGACAUCCCCUGGCUGGGGGUGUGUGUUUGCUCUGAGGACUAUAUAAGUGGACAGCUGUGAAGAGGUGGACCGGAACGAAGCAAGAGGCUGCGUGUGCAGAGCUGGCAGUAACAGGAGUGGAGGCUGGGUAGAGAAGGAAGAGGACUCCCGUGUGGGACAGCAUGGCUGAAGAUCUGGAGCUGAGCUCUUGGGACCUGGAAUGUGAGCGCAACCAUCAGGACCACCGGACCUCCGAAAUGGGUUGCCAGCAGCUCGUCGUGCGCCGGGGGCAACCCUUUUUCAUCACGCUGCACUUCGCGGGGAGGAGCUACGAGGAAGGGCUGGACAAACUCGCCUUCAACGUAGAGACAGGGCCUUGCCCCGACGAAGGAUCUGGGACCAAGAGCCAUUUUCCUCUCUCCAGUUCCUUGGAAGCCGAAGCCUGGAGCUCAGCAGUGGAGAGCCAGGAUGGAGCCACCUUGUCCGUGUCCAUCUGCUCCCCUCCAGACGCCCGGAUCGGCCGCUACAGCCUCACCAUGGAGGCCUCCACGGGCUACCAGGGCUCUAGCUUCAGGCUGGGGGAAUUCGUCUUACUCUUCAAUCCUUGGUGCCCAGUGGAUUCCGUCUUUCUCGAAAGCGAAGAAGAGCGGACCGAAUAUGUGCUGACCCAGCACGGCCACGUCUUCCAGGGGUCGAACAGCUUCAUCUAUUCCAUCCCCUGGAACUUUGGGCAGUUUGAAGAUGAAAUUCUGGACAUCUGCCUGCAACUGCUGGACACCAACCCCAAAUUCUUCAAGGACCAAGACCGGGACUGCUCCCGUCGCAACAGCCCCGUCUACAUUAGCCGGGUGGUGAGCGCAAUGGUGAAUUGCAAUGAUGACCAAGGAAUCCUGUUUGGGCGCUGGACGCAACCAUAUGAUGAUGGAAUGAGCCCCAUGGCUUGGAGCGGAAGUGUGGACAUCCUGCAGCGGUGGCGGAAGUACGGGUGCCAGCCAGUCCGCUACGGGCAGUGCUGGGUCUUUGCUGCUGUGGCCUGCACAGUGCUGAGGUGCCUGGGAAUUCCCACCCGCGUGAUAACCAACUACAACUCUGCCCACGAUACCAACAGCAACUUGACCAUUGAGCAGUACUUGGAUGAGAAUGGAAGGCUGCAGGCAGGAACCCGGGAAUUCAUUUGGAAUUUCCACUGCUGGGUGGAAAGCUGGAUGACUCGUCCAGACCUUUCCGACGGCUACGAUGGCUGGCAGGUUUUGGACCCAACUCCUCAAGAAAAAAGUGAAGGAGUUUUCUGCUGCGGUCCAACACCAGUCAAGGCCAUCAAGGAAGGAGAACUGAGACUGAAGUAUGAUGUUCCCUUCGUCUUUGCCGAGGUCAAUGCGGACGUGGUUUAUUGGAUGCUUCAGAGCGACAGUUCCCGGAAGAAGACCGUCAACUCCACUCUCGUGGGAAAGAACAUCAGCACCAAGAGUGUGGGUAGAGACACGAGGGAGGACAUCACCCACAACUACAAGUACCAGGAAGGCUCUGAGGACGAACAGGCAGUGCUGGAAAAGGCUAAACUCCGGAAGACCUACCCAACAGAGGAGGAGGGCUUGAAAGUCAAGAUCAAAGUCUCCGAGGGGAUGAACAACGGGUGUGACUUUGAUGUCUUUGCCUACAUCAACAACCACACAGCCAGUGAGCGGACAUGCCGGCUGAUGUUUGGUGCCCGUGUUGCUGGCUACAAUGGGGCACUGGGCCCAGAGUGCGGGAGCAAGGACCUUCUGAACGUUGCCUUGCAGCCGUAUUCAGAGAAGACAGUCCCCUUGCGCAUCCUUUAUGAGAAGUAUGGCGGGUGCUUAACGCAGGACAACAUGAUCAAGGUGAUGGCCCUCCUUCAGGACCACGAGACAAAAGAGAUCGCUCUUGGUGUCCGAAACAUCUACGUAAAGAACCCAGACAUCAAAAUCAGGGUCUUAGGGGAACCGAUUCAGAAGCGCAAACUGGUGGCGGAGCUCAGCCUGACAAACCCCCUUCCUAACCCCCUGAGUGGCUGCGUCUUCACAAUGGAAGGUGCUGGUCUCACUGGAGGACAGAAGGUGCAAGAGUUGGACAGCCCCAUCGGGCCAGGAGAGGAGGCCAAAGUGAGGGUGGACUUUGUGCCUCAGCAGUCGGGCCUGAGGAAGCUGGUGGUGGACUUCGAGAGCGACAAGCUGACGGGGGUGAAGGGCUACCGGAACGUCAUCAUUGCCCCCCUGAAGUGAAGGCUGCCUUGAAGGGGAGGAGGCUGCUUAGAUAGUGAUACUUAAAUCUGUUGUUUGUUCAGUAGGAAGGAUGGUGGCAGCGGCCAAGGAGACCCACGGACACCCGCUUCGAUCCUCCGCUGCCGGAGGCUGGCCACUGAACACUUUUUCUCCUCCCAUUGCAUGCUUUAAAAAGAAAGAGAUGGUGCGACAGGGAAA